AUGUUUGCACAUCCAGGAACGGGUUUGAUCGUCAACACCAGAUGGAUCAGACCCAAGAUCCAGUAUUUCUUCAGCUUCGCUGUGACAUAUAAUGGCCUGUGCCAUAUGAUGUGUCCGCUCUUACCAGGUUACAGUGGCCUGGUGGUGUUUUUUGGCCUGGCUUUUGGGAUGGUGUGUGCUCUUCUGUUUGAGACACUCAUGGAUUUGGUGGACCCCCAGCGGUUCUCCAGUGCGGUUGGGCUUGCUACCAUUAUAGAGUGUGGGCCUGUCCUGCUGGGGCCGCCCAUCUCUGGUUUUCUGGUGGACAUCUUCAUGAACUAUAAAUACAUGUACUUUGCUUGUGGUAUGAUGAUGUUGGCUGGAGGUAUCUUCCUCUUCAUCAUGAACUAUUACAACUACAGAUAGUUGGAAAAGGAACAGAAUCAGAGACAGGUGGAGGGGCUAGAGAGAUCGGCUCAGCCAAAGAGCUUGCUGCCAAUGAGGACAAAGACAAUGAAGAAGAGAUCAAACUCAGCAGAGGAGGAAGUAGGAAACUGUCGUUCUCUGUCUAUCUAUC